ACCGAGGUUGGGCUUGCACUCCCGGAUUAAUUCACUUCGUCUUCCUGGCCUGGUUUCCUGCGUCGGCCUGAUGCCUGGAACUUCCCACAAUGCAGUUCUCAAGGCCACUCAGAUCUUCUGCCCACUCGCUUCCAAGCCCUAAUGGCAGACAUGUCGCGACUGCAUUUUCGUCCGUUAUCAAUGUCCGCGCCGUGGCCGGGCUCGACGUGGUCAAUGUGAUCAGGCUGGGUCAGGAUUUCGCCGGCCCCGUGCUUAGUUUUCAGUGGUCGCCGUCUUCUCGCCUCCUGCUCAUCGCCGACGCCGAGCAGGUGCGAGUGGUGUCUGCGCUGGACGACAGCUUCAGUGCCACCAUCCGAAACUAUACUGUCGCCGGCACGAAGCCGGCAUAUAUUGGCUUUGGCGCCUCAGACGCCGAGAUCUGUGUCAUCUCCCAGUUCGGGCUCAAAUUUUCGGUCGUGGAUCUGGCGUCGUCCAAGGCGAGCGAGAUUGGCAGUCCCAAGCUCUCUGCUCCCUCGUCCGCGCCCAGGUGUUUUUCUUUCCGACCCGAGACACGUCAUCUCGCGCUGCUGACCAGGGCCGCGGGUAAGGACAUGGUGAGCAUCCACGGCUAUCCGACGAGGGAGCUGCAGAGGUCGUGGGCGCCCGACACGGUCGACGCCCAGGGCCUGGCCUGGAGCCCGGACGGCAGGUGGCUUGUUGUAUGGGACUCGGCUGCCCUCGGUCACAAGGUUGUCUUUUAUACUUCUGACGGCCAUGUCUUCAAAACCUGGACAGGUCCAGCCAACCCGCCCCCGGAAGACAAAGAUUUUGCGCUCGGGCCGGGCGUCAAAACGAUGCAAUUUUCUGCAGAUGCCCGGCAUCUCGCCAUCGGUGAUUCCAGCCGGUCUGUGACCCUCCUCGACAUGGCGUCUGUCACCGAGACAAUGCGGCUGCGACAUCCGAAAACUCUUGCCCCUCGGGAGACACUUCAGGUCUGGCAAGAGCAGAUUGGGGUCUCACAGGCGGGGCCCGUCAUCCACACGUUUCUGCGAGCCACGCAGCUGAUCUCCCCAGCGCCUGCUCCACGAGACCAGGCAGAACAGGGCCUUGGAUGCGCCUCGAUUCUGUUUGAUCCUUCUUCGGCCCUCGUCGCCACACGGUUAGAUGACUCUCCGGGCACGGUCUGGAUCUGGGAUGUCCAGGUCUCAGAGCUCCGUGCCGUCCUCCUCUUUCACGGAAAUGUCGCAAGCCUCUCCUGGCACCCCCAUAUCGCGGAAACUCUGCUCGUCAGAUGCGAAGGUGACCACUACAAUGGCUUGGUUUUCGUAUGGGACCCCCUCUCCGAAGGACCGCGCUCCGUCGACUUUGGCCAACACUGUCCUGGCACCGGGUUUGGCGGUAAGUCGCGGACACUGUGGCUUGGACUCGACGCUUCCCUCCCCCCGUCCAUUUUUUUCUCGGAUGCCCACAGGUACAUACUUGCCUGUCUUGGCGAGACGGACCAAGGCCCGGCUCCGUGGGGUGACGGUGACCCAUUAAUGCCGGAGUCGGGCUUAUCAGCAGGAAGGCGCGAGGAGUCGCCGCUUGAACUGGUCCCGGCACCUGGGAACGGACUCGAGGUCCCAGACCUGGACGAGGACGGUUACAGCGAGCUAGAGGACACCUUCAUCCACAAGCGAUAGGCUACGCUGCAUUCAACCGUCCGCACAAAGCUUCUGGACCGUCCCGCUUCAUUCCUCAGUGUAAUUUUGUGUGUCUGGACGAGAAUACCUGGUCACCGGGACGCCUAGAAUCCCGCUCAAUCUCAUCAAAAAAAAGGCUCGCGGCAAA